AAUCAUUGUUUGAUAUUUCUGUAAAACAAAGUUCCAACUAAUCAAGAGGUGCAAAUAAUGAACGAUGGGAACUCACGAACUCCGUACAACAGCCUCUACAAACCGCUGAACUUGAUCAAAUCAAAGCCGGAUGGAUGUUGCAAGCACAACGGUCAGUGCCCUUAUGGUAAAAAUCAAGCGGAAAGUGUGGACGAUGGGAACUCCAGAACUCCGUACAACAGCAUCUACGAGCCGCUGAGCCUGAAUAAAUCGAAGCCAGACAGUCAGUGCUCCAACGGUAAAAAACCAGCGGACGACGAGUACGUGAAUCUUCUGCUGCCGCAAAGCAAAGAGGAACAGGUGGCUGAGAAGCUUGCGGACAAGCUGAGAAAGUUGGAGGUGAAGGAGUCGAAGGGCAAGCGAAGAGGAAGUAAGGAGCGAAAGAAGAAGAAGCCGGAGCCAGUAGAGAGUACAUAUGAGAGCUUGGCCUCUAUUGAAGGAUCCACGAACUUCUCUGGUCCAGUUACGACUGAAUCUUUGGAGAGCAAUGUGAAAUGCCACCAUGCUUCCCAGACUGCCUACAUCGGUGUGUACAGCUCUGCGGACGCUGAAGCUCAGGUCAAAAAUCGUGGAGAGUUCGCCUUGUACCAUCAAUUCGAGGUCGGCAACCGCCUUGAUCAUCUCACGGCGACUCUUCCAUUGAUGCUCGUCUACUACACCACCACCAAGAAGCAUCGUCACUACCCGGUUCGGAAAUCUGGAGACAAUGGAACGGUUCAGUAUUCGGUGGAUUGUGGAUACCCUAUCGUUCGCAAACACUUCUCAAUCAAUCAACUCGUGCUCUACUAUAAAACGUUCGGAUCAAUUCAGAUGAAACAAGAAGACAUUUGCUCUGAGGAAUUCUCUUGGUGGUUGGAAUAAAACUUAUUUUGAGUUGAAUAAAAGUUUUUUAUGUAGAAUGAAUUGAAUAGAUUUA